AUGGCAGGUGACAGACCAGCUGAGCCGGAGCCCCAUCGACCCUCCAACUACGAUGGACCAAACCCGUUAACAAUGGCAUUUGGCCAGCCUUGCUGCAUGCGCUCGCUAGCCGAUGAACGCCCCCACUCGCAUGCAUAA